GGAGGAAGGGCGUGAUCUGGGGCGGGGCAAACAGAAAAAGGCAUACAAAGUGGAAAUCGAAAGUGAAAACGAAUCAGGAGAGCAGGCUGCAAGAAGCGAAGAAAGCGCUUUAGGAUGACAGAGUCGGACGAGGACUCCUUCAUCUAUCUGCCCAACGACAGCAUCUCAUCAAUUGGAUUUUUGGAGACAAUGGAAGAACAAACUGCGCGCGAGAUUAAGAGAUAUCAGGAUAUAUUGAAGGCUUUAGAGAUUGACCAUUUGUCACUGGAGAGCAGCAGAGAGCAGUGUGAGCAGGAGGCAUCCCGAUACCAAGAGGCAGCUGAGAGUCUGCAUACUAAACUCCUUGAAUAUGAGGAUCAAGCCAAGGCCCAGAAAUUAGCAUUUCAGAAAGAGAUAGAGAGGCAGACCAAGGAAAGAAACCAGUUGCUACAGGAAAAGGAGGCACUGGAAAAAGAACUGGAGCAGAUAGAGAAGCUUUCAAUCGCCAAAGAAAGUCUGCACAAGGUGGACAUCAGCCUUCCUGAGAGGAGUGUUGUGUUUAAAGGCCAUGCGGAAGAAGCGGAGAAGGAACAAACACUGCCUGAUCCUGUGGUAACCCAGCCCCAGGUCCGAUGUCCUAUUCCUGGAGGAUCAGCUCUCAUUACUUUUGAGGAUCCUGAAGUUGCCAAUAGGAUUAUUGAAAUGGGGCAGCAUCGGGUUCAGCUGGACGAAUGUACUUAUGUGAAUGUGAAAGCUGAGCCCAUGACUUUGCUCUUGCUCGCAUCUGUGGAAAUCUCUGUGGCACGAAGUUCCCGGCAGGUCCUGUUGUCUGGAUUGCCUAUGCUUUCAGUCCCAGAGGACAAGCUGCUUGACAAGCUAGAACUAUUUUUCAGCAAACGGCAGAACCAGGGGGGUGAAGUGGAGCGUGUGGAAAGACUGAGUGGUUCUGGCCAUGUGGCACUUACUUUUGUAGAGGAUGGAGUGGUUGAAAGGCUUGUCCAGAGAGGUCGUUUCCAGAUACCCAUUGGAAAGGAGAAGCAUGAGAUCAAGGUUUCACACUAUGUAAGCGGAGAAAUCACAGAUUUCCAGUUCCGCCCUUCUGUCUGUGACCAGACCGUCCUGCUGUCAGGAAUUCCAGAUGUCUUGGAUGAGGAGUUGAUGCGUGAAACCCUGGAGAUUCACUUCCAGAAGCCCAGCAAAGGCGGAGGAGAGGUGGAAGCCGUUGUUUACGUCCCGACCGGAGUCUCUGCAGCAGCCGUCUUUGAGGAGGCAAAGACUAUGUGAAUCUGAUUUCCUAACCAAACCAAUAAAUAAAUAAAUAAAUAAAUAAAUUGAUUGGGAAA